UUUCCCAUCUGCCCUGGCUGUCACAGGCUGCUUUCCAUUGCCCUAAGGAGUGAUUCUACUGCGGCAACGAGACCAAAUACAACGAAAGUAUUGAUGCUGUAAAAGAAGACGGAUCUUUUGGUAGGCUGGUUAAUGAUGACCACAAGCACCCAAAUGGCAGAAUGCAGAAGACUGAAGUGGAUGGAAGCCCACAUCUUGGUCUGUUUGCUUUAACAGACUUUAAAGAAGGUGAUGAAAUUGCCUACAAUUACGGAGGAGGAGACUGGCCUUGGUGUAGCAAGUCUGCGUGGGUGUAAUCUGACAGAGGAAAGCUGUAGAGUUCUGUCCUCAGUUCUCAGAUCAAACUCCUCCAGACUGAGAGAACUGAACCUGAGUGACAAUAACCUGCAGGAUUCAGGAGUGAAGCUGCUCUCUGCUGGACUGGAGAAUCCACACUGUACACUGGAGAUACUGAGGCUGUGGGGGUGUAAUCUGACAGAGGAAAGCUGUAGAGUUCUGUCCUCAGUUCUCAGAUCAAACUCCUCCAGACUGAGAGAACUGGACCUGAGUAACAAUAACCUGCAGGAUUCAGGAGUGAAGCUGCUCUCUGCUGGACUGGAGAAUCCACACUGUACACUGGAGAUACUGAGGAUGUGGAACUGCAGGAUUACAGAUGAAGGUUGUGCUGCUCUGGCUUCUGCUCUGAGGUCAAACUCCUCAUCACACCUGAGAGAACUGAAUCUGAAGUAUAAUAAUAAUCCAGGAGAAUCAGGAGUGAAGCUGCUCUCUGAUCUACUGAAGGAUCCACACUGUAACCUGGAGACACUACACAUUAAGGCUAAUACACUCACCAGGACUGGCGUAUGACAGGAGUCUCACCUCAAACCUCUUCUCCAGGAUGAAGCAGUCUUGGUGAAGAGUUAGAACCCGUCCCACAUUUCCAGCAGUUUGGGAGCUGAAUCAUUAAACUUAAAGGGGCAGAGCAGACACAAAAUCAACAGGCAGAAGGUCGUACACAGGAGAAAUCAACACACGUUACCAAAUAUCUGCUGCACAAAGCAACGGCACCGAUCUGCCCCGGGGAUGGAGACUGACGAGGCUUAAGUACACGUCCGGAAAUGUACAGCCAACUCAUCCCAAAGCACGAGGCGGGAGCAGGCGUGUACGAGAUGUCAUCGUCCAAUGGCAAGCAGGAACAUGACGCACUGCAGUGGACUGGGCUUAAUAGAGGAGGAGAGAAGACACCCAUCCCUCCCCCGACAUAGACACACGAAUGGAACGUAGUACAAACAGAAAUACAACUGAGGAAGUAACAAUGGCCAAGUAUCAAAUAAAAUGUAAACGUGCAUUGAUGAAGGUAAUGUUGUUAGUAAUUGUUUAUAAAUUACCAUGGUAACACAGAGCUCCAAGGUAUAAAAAUAUGGAGUUUGUCAUCAAUCAAACAGUAACCAGUUUUAAUAUCUAAAAAAGUUUACGUAGCAAAAUUUAGCAAAGCGCUUUACAGUAAAUUAAAAUGUAAAAUUAAACUAAUGAAAUGUUGUGCAGCACAUGCUUAUGUUAUUGUUUGUUUCAUUAUAUGAUCAUAUAAAUAAAUACUCCCAGAGUCCCCAGAAUUGAAAGCUUUGGUGCUGUUAAACAUUUAGAGAUUGAGGUUGUGGUGACUCAGUAUUUCACUCAGUAUAUCUGGGUAAGACACAGUGAACGACUCACUGCUGGCAUUCAUGAAGAAGUCAUAAACUCCACUGGAAUAAUAAAUAGGAUCUAAUAAAACCAUGAUGGAAAUUAUUGGUGUAAGUUUGUUAGGAUAGACUUCCUCCAACCUGGAACUAUAUCCUCCAGUCCACGCGGUGGCGGUAACGCGCUAACAGCUGCGUCUCCGACCAGUAGAAAUCACAGAAGAAGAAAAAGCUGCAGCGGGUAUCUCCUGAGCAGUUGAGUUAUUACACCGAACUAAUCAUCUCCAGAUUAAAUUAUUUCUGACAGUUUUACAGUUAGAUUUGAUCCAGUUUAAAAGUAAAAGCUGGUUAUUUUGUCUGUGUUUGAGGAAUUAAAACUCCGUUCUGUUUUUAAACCCGAG